AUGAUUCAGAGUCAGCUUCCCACUCAGACCCCGUUUAUUCAAAUCUACGACCGGCUGACCGAGUGUGAAAUUCGCGACCUUCAUAAGGUUUUGGGUGAAAAUAAGGAUGCUCCAAGGCAUGUGUUCAAACAAGAGGUUGACAAAUUUGUCUCCAAAUUAGAUCCUGAAUUCCAACGGGAUUACAAGAGAAUUGAAGAGGAAAUGGAGAAAUUGGAAAUUAAAGAAAAAGAGGAGAAAUCAAAGAUUUUGAGUCAUAACAGUCAAACUUCUUAUGGAGAACUGGCCAAGGCUUUGAAUGUGAGUUCGGAAAAAUGAAAUUAAUUUACGUUGAAUUUUCACUGUCAUCCUUUUCUAUCAAAAACGACGUUUUAGGAUGACCCGUUGAGUGAAUUACAGCAAAUCCAACUAGUUCACAGGAUCACGGAAAACAUCGAACCGGAGAUUAUUCAAGAGCUCAAGUCUAGUGGCAUUGUCAUCCCCAGGCGGGCGCACACUUGCGGGCAACCACUUUGCGGGCAACCAGUUUGCGGGCAGAUUUUUUGCGGGCAGCCACUUUGCGGGCAGCCGACAUUUGCGGCCAGCACCGGCAUUUGCGGGCAGCCUGGGACAUUUGCGGGCAGGGUCGACAGUUGCGGGCAGCCUGGAAGAUUUGCGGGCAGCCGACAUUUGCGGGCAACCGACACCUGAUUGUGAGGGUAACAGGGUGGACGUGGAAAAAUUACUAUGAUAUUUUGGAAAUUUGCCGACAUUUGCGGGCAGCCGACAUUUGCGGGCAAUCGGCACUUGAGGAUAACAAGGUGGAGGUGGAAAAAUUACUUCGAUAUUUUGGAAGUUUUCCGACAUUUGCGGGCAGGCAAUACUUGCGGGAAACCGACAUUUGCGGGCAACAGUUCCAAAAGUUCCUAUACAGUCUGUGUGAUUGUUUUUUCCUGUUGCCCGCAAAUGUCGGCUGCCCGCAAGUGUCGGCUGCCCGCAAAUGUCGGCAAAUUUCCAAAAUAUCGCAGUAAUUUUUCCACCUCCACCUUGUUAUCCUCAGGUGCUGGUUGCCCGCAAAUGUCGGCUGCCCGCAAGUGUCGGUUGCCCGCAAAUGUCCUAGGCUGCCCGCAAAUGUCUCAGCUGCCCGCAAAUGUGACCCCCCAAAUUUUGCCCGCAAAGUGGUUGCCCGCAAAAAAUUUGCCCGCAAACUGGUUGCCCGCAAAGUGGUUGCCCGCAAGUGUCGCGACGCCCAUCCCCAGCAUGCCGAGAUCAUAGUUAUGCAAUUCAGGGAAAUUCAUUCCCGAUAUUCGAGUCUUCAAUAACUUUUCUCUGUUAUGCAUUAUAGAAUUGUUUGUUAAUUAACCUGUGCCAUGUUGAAGAAUAAAUUUCCAACAGAACUUUGACUAAUAAUAACUUUAAACCCUAAAAUUUUAAUGUUCAAUUUGUUUUAUGUAAUACCGUUUUUCUUUUGUCAAAUUUUUUACGAAAAUUGUAAUCUUCAACUAAAAUAUGUGUUGUGCUUUACGCAUGCAGUGGAAAUGCUCGAAAUUUGACGUCCAAAUUUUAAUAAAACUUGGAUCAAACUCCGACUUUAAUAUAAGAGCUCUUAGAAUCCUAAAACACGUUGCACUGGAUGUUACUCACGUGGAUGGUCAAUAAUCAACCAAAUUCUGAUUAAGCGUUUGAAAAGCUGUUAACAAAAAAACAAUCCGAUUAAUUGUUUACCAAUUUUCGAAAUGGCCCACAGCGUUAUUAAAUCUAAUAGUUUGGACUUUGUUGGUUCGCUGACAAGAAGGGAAUUGUUAUUAUUUUCAAACGAAUUUUUACUAGUUUGUCGGGCGAAGUCACUUCUUUUCUGCCGAAAUAUCAUCCUUUGGCUCGGGAAAUCAAGUUUUAUAACAGACGAGGUAGGUAUCUACUGGCAAGGAACUGAACUUUCUUUGUAAGAGAUUACAAUAAAUGGGAAAUGCCUUAUCAUAAACGUUUUCGACUAUUGUCGUUGGUCUUUUUGUCAAUGCAAUUUUUGCUUACAACGCAUUCUCAUUCGCCAUCGGUCUUUGGUGCCUUAAAAUUUAAGCUCGCAGCUUGCCCAGAUGGCCACGAUAUUGAACAAGCUUCUCAACGAGAAGAGUACGCUCAAGGCGGAGGGCGUUCAUAGAUAAAAGCGCACUUUGCCCAUGUCUCUGCUCAUUUUACCUACAGAAUUUUGAGUUUUGGUAGAAACGUUCCUCUCUAAGGUAAAAAUCAGCCUGAAAUAAAUAAGUUAUCCGAAUAAUAAAAAUGUCGGCCAUGAACAGCUUUCGGACAAAUAGUUUUUCUAUAUGGUGGGGGCUAGGAAUUUCACGUAUACCUGCGACAAAAAUAUGCCAAAUUUUUGCCAAAUUUCCUGGUCGUCGCAUUCCUCUGUUGGCCUGCUUAGAAUCUGUAUGCAAGGUUGCGAUAAAUUAAAAAGGUCCAACUUGGGGCAUUUUCCCAGAAGUCAUUAAAAAAUCCCUUCUAAAAAAUUUAAUGUUAUUGUUUACCAAUUUUUGGAAUGCUCCCUAAUCUUAUUUUUUCGGACUUUGCUUCAUUUUCGAACUAUGAAGAAUGGUUCUAUCCGGCAAGCUUUGGAAUUUCACGGAUCAAAAUCUUUUCUCUGCUCUCAUAAAUCUUUUCAACAACCUCUUCGUUUUAGCCAAAGCCUAAUUUUGAUUUUUCAGAUACAAGUUCACCAUGUUCGAAGUUCAUUGUCGUCUCCCCUCCAAUUCACCGUUCCAUGAAAUCUACGAGCAACUGAACGAACGCGAACUCAGGGGUCUCUAUUAUUUAUUCGAGGAGAAAAAGAAGGCUCCGAAAUAUGUGUACAUGCAAGAAGUGCAGGAUUUCAUCUCCGGGCUCGAUCCAAAAAUUCAAGAGGAAUUUCGACGAUAUAAUGCAAAAAUAGAGGAGUUGGAGAAAGAGAGGGAAGAACGGGCGAAACAUUUGAGCCAUGAGACGCAAGCUGUCUACAAUGACAUGGUCAAGAUUUUGAGGGUAAGUGAUGAUGGUAAAAUGAGGAAAACCGAACUUGUAGCCUUUGAUUUGAAGUAGUUUUGUGACCAGAAUCCAAAAAGCAUAGGAUUUUCAAGAUAUUGCAAAGCAGUCAUCGAUUUUUUUAAAUCUUUCAAUACAAAUUUUGCACAGAUGUCGGUCAUGAACUAAGCAUCAAUUCCUGAAAGUAUUAGCCCGCGCUCUGCGAUCGCCGUCGAGAUAUUGAACGAUCUUUUCCGCCGAGAGAGUACGCUAAACGCGGAGAGCGGUCAGAGAGAAAAACAUUUUUUGAUCAUAACUUUGCUAGUUUCGUGCGGAAAAAAUGAUCUUUUGUGGAAAAAAACUCUCUAUGGUAGAAAUAAGCAUGAAAGUUUUCGUGCCGGAGUUCGGCAGAAAGUGUCAAAUUUUCGCCAACUUUCGAUCUAAAAAUCUCGGUUGUUUCUGCAAAGCGCGAGCUAGGAUUCUCACAUAUAUUUAAGAAAAAAUUAUUCUGAAUUUGUGCCAAGUUUCAUCAAAAUCUGAGCGUCGCACUUGGGGUACUUCCCUUGUGAGAUCUGCGGAUAUUCUUACUGUCAUCCGAAAUUUGAACAUUUUUCAGAACGACCAAAUUAGCGAGGAAGAGCAAGUACAAAGCGUUCGGAAAUAUGCUGCACAUCUUGAACCGGCAAUCAUUGAAGAACUAAAAUCUGCUGGCAUUAUUGUUCCCUGCGAUGAAUAA